GUUAUCCGUAAAGGCUGGUUAACGAUACAGAAUAUCAGUUUUAUCAAAGGUGGCUCCAAAGAUUACUGGUUCACGCUCACUGCUGAGAAUUUUUCAUGGUUCAAAGAUGAAGAGGAAAAAGACAAGAAGUACAUGUUGAUGUUGGAUGGUCUCAAACUCAGGGAUUUGGAAUCAGGUUUCAUGUCUAAGAAACACAUGUUUGCAUUAUUCAAUCCUGAUCAAAGGAAUGUGUACAAAGACUAUAAACAGUUGGAAUUGUCGGCAGAUUCUGCUGAGACAGUGGACAGUUGGAAAACAUCCUUCCUACGAGCCGGAGUGUAUCCGGAGAGACCACAAGAUGAAGAUGGCAGAAAUGAGGAUGAGCAUGGUCACGGUUCGUUUGAGCCGCAACUAGAGAGACAAGUAGAGACAGUUCGUAAUCUGGUCGACUCCUACAAUAGAAUUGUCAGUAAACAGAUCCGUGAUCUCGUCCCUAAAACCUGUAUGCAUCUGAUGAUCAACGAUGGUAAAGACUUCAUCACAGCAGAGUUGCUGGCACAUCUGUAUUCCAGUGGUGACCAGUCGACACUAAUGGAAGAAUCGGCAGAGGAGGUCCAAAGACGAGAUGAAUUACUAAACAUGUACCACGCUACUAAAGAUGCACUUAAGAUCAUUGGUGACAUCAAUGCUACAACAUCGUCCACUCCGGUACCACCGCCGGUUAAUAAUGAGUGGCUCAGACCAGAAGCGCGAGGAUCAUCGCCACCGUCUCCCAUCCCGUCUCGCCACAGAGGUUCAGCACCCCGGCCAACAUCCUAUGAAAUAAAUAACACUGGACAUGUAGGAGUUCCAAGGCCGAGCAGUGUACUUCUUAUUCCUUCUAGGCCCGGUCCUGGUACAGCUCCUUCCAUUCCAAGCUGA